AUAAAAUUAAAUAUCCAAAACCCAAAUUAUUCUGUUAAAUCGUCUUUUAGUGUCAAGUUUACUUCACUACUCUUAAAAAUUCUCGUGUUAAAACCUUCAAACAUCUUCAACAAUGGCGGCCAAUAACUAUGGAACCAAAAACUCAGAAACUCGAAAGCUAACCGGGAAAAUAAAGUGGAUCGAUUCACAGGGCAUCGGCUGCAUACUUCCUGACAACCCCUUCUUCCCAGAAGUAUACAUCAGCCCUCUUUCUCUCUCCUCAAACACCAUCAAAGAAGGAGACCGCGUCAAACUCAACACUAUUUUCAACGGCUCUAACCCCCCACAUUCUCUGGAAGCCAUUAAUGUCGUCUCAAUUCAGGGUAACUGCAGUUUCUGCAAAAAAUUUGGUCAUAAUUCCAGUAAUUGUCCAGAAACUAAGAUUUCUGGGGUUAUGUGUUUUCGUUGCGGAGUAUUUGGUCAUUAUUCUAGGAAUUGUGAUCAGAAAUAUAAUGGUUGGCUCCCUAUUCGGAUCCACAGAAAAAAUAGUAGGCCCCACAAUAGGGUUUUCAGUAAUGGUGGUGGUGGGGUCAACAAUGGUGGUAGUGGGGUCAACAAUGGUGGAGUGUGGCCGAGUUUGAGUUCAGUGGUUAGUGUGAAGAAGGAAGAUGUGAAGAAGGUUGAGGAGAUAGAAGAUUGCUUUAUUCUGGAAUUUGAUCCUACUAUUGGUAAUGAUGAUGAUGAUGAGGUUAAAAGUAUGGUAUGUGUAAAGAAAGGAGAUGAUUUGAAGAAGUUGAGGAUUGUUUUAUAUUGGAAUAUGAUCCUUCUGAAUUAGAUAGAUUUUCUAAUUUGUCUAUUUCUGAGAAAUCUGAUGUAGAUGAUGUUUUGAUUUUGGCUGAAAAGGGGAAGGUGGCUUGUAGGGAUUACCCACAUCCAAGACAUCUUUGUGCCACCCAUCCUUUUAAGGAGGGUCCACAUGAUCUUCAUUGC